AUGGAAUUUGUAGAAGUAGAACACAUCAACUCAAUAAUUGACCAAUUUGUUCAAAAGAAGUAUAUCCAUUUAGGUGGGUUAUUUUAUGUUUAUCAAAUAAAUCGAUUUAAUAAAAAGAAGACAAGAGUAAUUCAAUGUUCAGACGGACAAUUAAUCAUUUUUUCUAUUGAGGCUAUCAUUAUAAAUAAAGAAAUUUAUGACAUUCGGUUGAUUCAAGAAGUUCAAAUGGAUUUAUCAAAUACUCUCUUUCUAAGGUUAAAUCCUUUUCAAUUAUUAAUUAAAACAUCAGCUGGAAAUUGUGUAAUUCAAACAGUAAAUCCUGAAGAGAUGGAUGUUUUAAUAGAAGGGUUAAUGGAAUCUGCUCGUUCACUUUCAAUUAACUCAACAACAAUUACCUGUGCCCAAUUUUAUUAUCCCUCUUCAGUUAUCCUUCAAGAAAAUUAG